GCGGAGCGACGGAAAAGGAAGUAAUAAGCAAGACCCCGAAAAUACACCAAGACAAAAAUACAAAUAAUAAACACAGAGAAACCAGACUUCCCCGAACGGUCUACUGUUUGGCAGGCCAAGCGGAUCGGAAUUGUGACAGUGUGGAAACCAUAGGCCGUAUAAGGUGGGAACACACCACCAGGCUAUGGGGGUGUUUCUCUAACUUCCACCUGAAAGACGCAAAAAGAAAAUGGCGUGUGUUCAAUAAGAAGGCCUUUGCUUUUGUCCUAAGUAACAAAUAUAAUACGGAUGCUUUAGAAGUGCUGACGAAGUUCACAACUGGAUUGAACAUCCCUGUGCCUGCAGUGUUGGAGUCAGCAUGGAAUCGGCAGAUAAAAAUGAUGAACAAAUGAACAAUGAGCAACCUGGGCCCUCCAAAAGCUCUCUGCCUGUAGAGACUGCCGAUGAAAGCCAGGAUGCUUCACCCCCCCAGGGCUCGGGUGAAAUGCAGUCAAGUACACUGAAUCUGUACACUGCUCUUGGGUUGUCUCCUGAGGAUGUGGACGCUCUGGCACAGAUUCCAGAAAAUGAGAUAAGCAUAGAAACCUUACCACACCUUAUAAUGCAGCUGAAGGCCAAGCGAGCUCAGUCUGGUGGACACACAGUGACCUCUCCACCAAAAGAAGAAGUGCACAAUGACCAAGAGGACUGGGAGGCUGACAGCACUGAUAGUGUACCGCAGCGAUCGACGAGCAAACCUCCGGUCCGUAGCCACAGUGCUGACUACAACGACAGCAAAACUGAGAGCCAUGAGCGUUUGGGGCACGUACGGAGCAGGAGGGAGCCUCGUCAUUACAAGUCUUCCUAUGAGGGCAGUCCGCCAAAGUUUCCCAUGUCCUAUCUGAUGGAUGAUUUUCGUGGAGCUAUGCCAAGAUCUUUUCCACACACAUGCUCUCUGUGCUUUUGCAUAUUGUAUUCAGCUGCGCCAUGGAAUGACCAUCUCAAUGGAUCACGCCAUGAGGAAAACCGACGCAAAUUCUUGCGAACACAUCCAGACUGGGAGACACAUGAUGCAUCUUGUAGAGUACCGGACUCCCAUUCCGGUGGAGGGGAUGGCCUUCCUGUCAGAAGGGACUCCAGAUCAUCCGUGUCGCGGAAGAGACCAUACCCCACAGAUUCUAGCCCAGGCGAGCGGCACUUCCCUCCGUCUUAUAGACACCUCCAUCUUAAACCCAAGGCUGGUACGAAAGUGGUGGUGACCAAGUUUGUUCGAGGAACUGUAGGUGUGGAGGAUUUGCUCAGUCUGGCAAAGCCAUUUGGCACUGUAGUUAAACAUCUGAUUUUCCCCUGCAAGGGCUUCCUGGAAUUUAGUUCACACAAAGAAGCAGUCAAUAUGGUGUCUCAUUAUGCUUCUAAACCUGCUUAUGUGAAGGAUAACAAGUUGGCCCUGUACUUGUCUCCAGUGGUUGGGAGUAUCCAUACACCCAAGUUGGAUAAAGUUGAGAAGCGUCCAAAACGGUCCAUUCAUGCAGUUGUGUGUUUCUCACACCUUCCAUCUGAUAAAGAAAGUGAGGCUGAAAUCCUUGAAGUGGCCAAGAUGUUUGGUGAAGUGCGAUACUCUAAAGUUUAUAACAAUGAGGUUCUUAUUGAAAUGGAAGAUUGGAACGAUGCUGAAAUCAUGGUGAAGUACUACCAUAGCAAUCCACUCAAGAUUUUUGGGAAGAACGUCAGGGUCAACUUGUCGUCCUCUCACAAGCAGCUGAGAUUAAGUCCAGACCCAUCCAGAAGAGGAGAUUCAAGCAGAAGUUACAGUGGUUUGCCUAAGAGCAAGGAAGCUUCCAGAGGCUCACAUCUCAAAAACAAAGAUAAAACGUCCUUGCAGAAAGAUUUGACAGAGAAAAAAAAUGUUGAUGGAGGAGAUCAGAGGGACAUGGAGGAGCAUGAGCACCUGGACGUCAAUUUAGAUAGUGGGGGAGAAGAUGAGCAAGGAAUGAAGGUAGAAGACGAGCAAGUCAUUUCAGAAGAAGAGUUGGGCCAAGGUGAAACUGUCGAUGAACGGAUUCUCGAAGAGCCCUUAGAGGAGACUAAUGCUUCACAGAAAGAAGACUCGGAGGGCUCAGGUGCAGACAUGGAUCAGAACUUGGAGGAGAUCACACUUGCAGAAAAGCCACCAGUGAAUUCACAAGAAAAUCCAGAUGAGACCUCAACUCUUCCAGUUCCAGCCGAAGAACCAACAUCAGUUGAGGAUCCUGAGGACAAAAUGGGGGAUACAAAGGACAUAAUGGAAGAAUACAAUGAAAAUGAUGAAGAAGAUAUGGAUUUCCCCGAUAACAUGGAAGAUUUUGUUACAUUAGAUGAGCUUGAUAAUGAUGCCGGGGAGAAAUUCGCUUGUGUUUUCUUUUGUGUUGCAGAUUCAGAGGAGUCUUCUGAGGGAGGAAAAGUGGUUACAGUGCGGCGCAUCAGAAAGGGCUACGGUUUAGAGGAUGCGCUUCUCAAACUUGCGGAACCUUUUGGGAAAGUCACAAACCAUGCAAUAUCUUUUUACCAACAAGAGGCAUUGUUGGAGCUGGAAAGUAAUGCAGCAGCAAAAAGAAUGAUUAAAUACUAUCAAGGAAGCAAAAAAGCACUCAUCUUUGGAAGACCUGUAUCUGUUAGUAUGUGUCUUACACUGCAACAAUUAGAGGGUCCAAGUGGAAAAUCUAUCUAUAUUGGCAUGCUUCCACUGCAGAAGUACUCUGACAUCUCCCUCUUGAGGCUUGCUCAACCUUUUGGAAAAAUCAGUGCCUAUCACUUAAACUGGCGUCACAGAAAGUGUUAUAUUCAAAUGGAGAGUGUGGAUGCAGCGCAGAAAAUGAUUCAGAAGUACUUGCACCGGCCUCCUAAGUUUUAUGGCUCGGUGCUUCGGAUUUGUUUGUGCAGAAAAGGAGAUUCACAGAUACCUUGGAAAUUGCCUGUUAAGUAUGAGCUGUGGUGUGCACAGCAGAAGAACAGAAAAGCCCAAAAGGACAGACUGGAGGCAGAGGCGGAGGCAGGCACUGAGGAAGAGGAAGAGGCAGAGGGGGAGGCGGAGGCAGAGAACGGCCAAUCAGCAGAAAGCCCUGCUGCAAAGAAGAGCGUCACGGAAGAUGGUGGCCAGAGUGCUGUAUCAGACAGUGAUGGAGCUGUCAGUGCCUCUGCUGGAGCAGGUGGGCAGAUGUGUGACAAAGAGGAGAAAGUGGAGCAAAAAUCUGAUCAGGUCCCAGUCCCUCUGGGGCCGUACCAGCCCAACAAUCCCGUAGGGAUAGACUACAUUGUCCAAAGAACUGGUUUCUUCUGCAAGCUCUGUAAGGUCUUCUACACCAAUGAAAAAACUGCUAAAUCACUCCACUGCAGCAGCCUGGCGCAUUAUCAGAAACUAAAGAUGAAGCUGGCAGAAGAUCCCAGCGAAUGAGUUUUGCAUUUGUACAGCUGGAGGAUCUCCUUUGUUUUUCAAAUUAAAUGAGUCUCUGUUCUGUUUAAACAUUCCAGUCUUUAUCUUGUUAACAGUGAUUUCAUUUGAUUUAGGAAAUAUGCUUUAUUGUAGGUUUUUUUGUUUUGUUUACUACAGUACUCCUGUGUGCAUUUAUGCGUGUGCACACGUGUGUACACACAUUGCAGCUGCUUGUCAAAUAAACAUUUAUCUGAAGAGA